AUGUCAAACGACUGUGAUCUUUUCUGCAAUCGACCAAAAUGCCGUAAGCGAUUAGAAAAUUAUGCUUGGGUGACCUCUUGUUCGCAUAUAUUUUGUGACAAGGAUGGAGCAAAUGAAUUCAACAGUAAUCUGACCUGUCCUGCAUGUAAGACAGACUUAUCAGGGAAGUUUGACGUGGUCAGAAUUGACCUGCAUCCACCCGAGCAAUAUAAAUCCAUGAUCCUCGCCGGUCAGAAGCCUGAUGUCAUCAUGGAGGCGUGUUCAAGAGCACUGUCAUUCUGGUCUUAUCAGGCAUGCCAAGAGAAGAUGUACCAUGAGUAUAGAGCCAAGAGUGCCAAAGAUAAGCUGGACCAGCUGGAGACUUACUGCGAACAGAUGGUCUCAAAGUGCCAGGCAGAAAUCAAGUCAUUGAAUGACAACAUCAAGUCAAUGAAGAACCAGCAUGUUUCCUUACUGCAAGAUAUUGAAGAGGAAAAGAAAAUAACGCAUGAAUUUGCUGAGAAGUUGAGUGAAAAGAGUCGGCAGUACCAGAAGCUGCAGACGAUGUAUGACAACUUGAGAAGAAAGAGCAUGACACCGAUCCUUCCAACGGGCGAUGAACCGUUAAAAAGUCGUCAACCACAGGACGGUCAACCGAGGAAGGUUCAUCAAAAUCUCGAUUAUGGUCUUGAUCAUGGUAGGAUGGUCCCACGGCUAGGAUAUGGCGAUGGUGAGGUACCUCAUAUGAUGCAGGUCCGAGGGCGGGACAGGAGAUACUCACCAUCGAGAGACCCGCGCUUCUCACCACCAGAAAGGGACUUUGUCCUCAGGCCAAUUCUCACGCCGGGAGGAAGCAGUCGUCAAGAACAAGAGAAAGUAGCGGCCCGAUUCCAGAUAGAUCUCAGCCGAAGUUCUUCUAGUCUUGCUCAAGAUCAAAUGAAGCGGAUGUCACAGCAAGGGCGACGACAUUGA